UUGAACACUCAAAAUACAAUCUUAAACUUUACCAAGUCGAGCGACUGUUGGUUUGACAAACCUGUUAUAAAUGCAGGCCUGCAGCAUUUCUGCCACCAAUGUAUCCCUCAUAAGGGAUUACCUGUCAAUACAUAACUUCAAAAUAUUGACAGAUAUUAAUUAGAACAGUGGGAGAUUUUAUACAAUUUUUCCGAGAAGUUACCAGAACAUUGCACGUAGUUAUUUUGGGAGUAAUAUGCUCUGACGUAGCGGCGGAAACUGUGUAUGAAAUGAGUCUUGCCACGACCCGACCAAUGUUGCGUUGUUAAUUACGCGUCAAUAAUAAGAUGCAGCUGCACGUAUCUUUAAUAUAACUCCCUUUCUCCAUUCUCUAUAUGGUAGUUUCGACGACCGAGUUCCUGGACUGGGCAAAAACAAUCUUGGACCGUUUACAAGAUACCUUAGUUGUUUUAGGCCGGAAUUUCAAGAUGUUUAGGUUAAAAGAAACUUUGUUCUUUGGAUUUAUGAUUGGAAACUUACUGAAACUUGGGGAUUGUCAGACUACCUGUUAUUGCUCUGGGCUGCAGCAAACGUGGGCGCCUUCUGAUGCUAUUUCAAGUUGGAGUCGAUGUGUUGGCAACGCUAGAGGACUUCGUAACUGUUAUAAUGCGGAGAGAUCUCGGCGGAGAAGUUGCAUGGUGAACAGCACAACUAUGGCAGUUUGUAUGGAAAGGAAAAGUUGUUACGAUGAAUCAUCAUGUACUGGUCAAUGGAGUGUCUGGGGUGCACAGACGCCAUGUAGCACCAACUGUGGAAGAGGAACUCAAACACUAGCAAGAUCAUGCUACAAGAGCGGAAGCCACAAUUUGCUGGCAUACAACUGCGCUGGGGGAAAUGGUUCUUCUGAAGAAAGACGAACUCAGAGUUGCACACGACGUAGAUGUGCGCCAGGAAUGACUUUUUCUGUUCAAACUACAACACAAACAACUAUGCCAACAAUAACAAGAAAAACAAAAACAGUUGUUCUUCCGCCUACUUUUGUAAUAUUAGCUACUAACGCCGUUCGUCAAAACGUCAGCACACCGUCUGCCCAAGUUUUAGAAGAAACUACUACUGUAACGAAAAGCAAGCCAACUGGAACAGCGGUUAAUAUAACUUUGCUUGCUGCUGUGCUGGGUUCCGUGGCUUUAUUAUGCUUUGCAUUAAUCGCCAUAGUUAUUAUUUGCAGACUUCGAAAACCAAAACAACGAGAUUGCAGCGCUGCUGGUGAGCCGGUCACGCUAACAGAGGGUGCUGGGUAUGAAUCCGUUUCAACCGUGCCUUUAAAUUACCGAAGUCUGCCCGAACAGCCAAACUAUUCUGAAAUAGCACCGGUGCAAAAUAGAAGUGACGGCAUAGCUCACACUGGUGUAAGUCUUACGGUGAAGAACACUCUUUAUCACUCGGUUGGUGAAAACGAAGAAAUCUCAACCCAGAACCCCAACGGGUUGUACCUGCAGCCAUUACCUAGCCCUGGCGCUCAGUCGACAUCAGAAGAAAAUGCCUAUUUUACCAUAGGAUAUCAACAACCGUGAUUUGCUUAUGUAAUAACAAUUCAAUUGUUAUGAUUUAAAAAACGAAAAUUGCCAUAACAUAUUAGCAAAGCUAAAACCAUAUUAGGGGAAGAUAGGACAUCUUUUUAUUCUGUUUUUUUUUGUCCCCUUUGGUAGUAAACAAACGCAUUUAGGGAAUUAUAACACUGUAUUCUCACGACACCCACAAACCAUUGGUAAUUGUUUAAACAGCGAUCAGGAUAUUUCGAUAUUACGCUAAAGUCCAAGGUAUACUUAUUUUCUGAAAGUUGCAAAACCUGUCUGCUGAUAACUCCAUCUUAGUGUUAUCAGUAAACAUAAUUAUUUAUAGACGACGUUAAUAUGCGGCCCAUACUGGCCCACGCAUGACUCACGCAACAUCCUACACCAUGUUUGUUGUAUGCACGGUGUUUAAUCCCGAAUUUCAUGUUUCGGUUGCGACGUUAAAUUAUCUUGAGGUUUCGAGAGAAUUAGAAAGCCGACAAAUACUGAGAAUUAACUUGCUUGGAAUCCACUGUUGAAACUGAAUGCUUAAAAAAAGUCGCAUUUGCUUAUAUGUACUGCUAUAAUAAAACUUGGGGAAACUUC